ACAUCAUCAGUGCUUGGGAGCCUGAUAGUAAUAAUGCUCUUCUCGUCAAGAGAUACUCAUAUCACUAUACAUUAACAUCUGAGACCAUCUUUCAGAAAAUGAUCUCGCCCAUGUAUGGUUGGCUAUCCAUAGAGUAUAAGAAAGGAAAGUGGCAAAAGAGAUUCUGUUUUAUCAAAGAUAAUGCUAUACAUCAUGCUAAAGAUAAGGUAUACACAAUCUUUUGAUGGGCAAAAUAUCAGAUGCUAAUUCGCUUUCAAAGGGAGCUUCUUCUUCUAUCUUGUGUCACCUCGCUUCUUAUGACGUUUACACUUUACUGCAGCCAUUAAAGAUCAGUCCUACACCAUAUGUGUUUGCUAUUCGAGCACAGGACAGAGCCAGUAUCUUUGAAAAAGAAGAUGAUUAUAUUCGAUUCGUCGCUACCGAAGAUCAAGAAGAGAUGAAGAAGUGGGUAUUGAGUAUAAGAUGUGCCAAGAAUACUAUUCAUUAUCAAUAUCAUCCGAACCGGGUAGUUAAUCCUUUGGCUCCUAUCGUUCAUGAAGAAAAGAAGACGACAGACGAUUGUAUCAACACUUUACGCAGACAGAAAUCAACCAAGGCAAUACCCACCAUGUCUCGUAGCGAAUCCACUCGUCGACUUGAGGACAAGGAGACAUCAAGCCCCAGAGGUUUGAGUCGAAAUCCAACGACAAAGAAAAAUAAGGAGGGUCCACUCAUUGACUGCUCUGAUCCUCCUACGUUUGCCAAGGGUUCACUCCUCGCCAAAGAGGAAGAGGCAGAACAGUUGCCACUUAGACAGCAACAACAACAACAACAGCAGCAGCAGCAGCAACAACAACAAACUCAACCACAACAACAAUCGUCACAACAGGCUCAAGCAGAGGAGAAUAACACACUGAUUCAGAUCGACGAUCGAGUCAAGUUUGCCAAGGGAUCUUUACUUGACCAAAAGGAAAAGGAAACUAACACGACGCCUACAAAGAUGAUGAGAUCAAAGAGCGUCAGAGAAUUGACUUCAUCUGAGCAUGCCACUGAAAACAACCAUCGUAGACACAUGUCGCUACGAAGAAAGCCAACGACAAAGAAAUUACAUGAUGCUGUACCUUUGCCAUCAAAUAAUACGUUGCUUCAAUUGGAUGAUACACCAGAAAAGCACCAUUCAAGAGAAUUACAUGGCCGGCAUGUAAAGCCUUUAUUAAAUUUUGAUUCUGAUGAGCGUCCAAGGAAAUGAUAAGAUACCAUGACUUUAUUUAUGAAUAAAAUAAAGAA